CUUAGAGGUUUUUGAGGACGAGUGGUCAGAUCCCGAAGGAAAGAAAAAGGAGUGAAAGGAAGGGAAAUACAAUGACGUCCACAGCGAACACUCUACCUUCGCGAUCAAUUGUCCGGUUGGUGCGGGCAGCUGAUCGAUGUUUCUCAAGAAUUCUGGCAGGCGCUGGACCGCCGAGUCGCUCCAGUAUCGCCGAUAACGCGUUUUUUUCAGGUCAUCGAGCAACAGCUGGUGAAAAUCACACCACGGCUCUUUUUUCGACAGAACAUUGUAGUGCACCAAGAACAAGAUUCGACUUCGCCUGCCGACACUUCACCAGUACUACGGUCGACUUCAAGCAGCACAGCUUUCCACGACAUGCACAAACGUAUUCUCCGAAUGAUGUUUCGACUGAAACUGUGGGUACACCAGGAACUCCAGAAUUCCGUGUUUUCUUUACAGCGAGGAUAGGUGAAGCGAAUAUGGAUACUCAUCCACCGAAACAAGGUGGGACGAAAGUGAAAAUAUCGCCAUGGCAUAACCUGAGUUGCGAAUACCCACACGAAGCUGUCCCAGGAAGCUGUCCCACUGGAGCUGGAGGUCCAGUAUUCAACUUUGUAUGCGAGAUCCCUCAUGGCACACGCCGAAAAUUCGAAAUGGCGAAGGAAGCAAAACAUAACCCAAUCUGGCAAGAUCGAAAAACUACCAAGGAGGACAAUUACGGUAUCAUGGUUCUGCGGCAUUACGCUGAGGCAACAGGAGGAGCACCUGGAAAUUAUGGUUUCAUUCCACAAACCUUAGAGGUUGCGGAGAAACCAGAUGUGAUAACCGGAAUUGUCGGUGAUGGAGAUCCUAUCGAUGCCGUAGAGCUACCGCUAGCGCCAGCAGAUACAACGACCUCCACUGAGCGGCCAUUAGCAGUCGGUGCAGUGACGCAAGUGCGUAUAUUGGGCGCUUUAGCUUUGAUUGAUGGCGGGGAGACCGACUGGAAAUUGUUGGUGAGGAGAGUGAAUUCGGACACGCCCUCCGGAGUGAACGAGGAAACCGAUGCAGCUCUACUCAAUAAAAACUGGAAACGUAUGAGAGACUGGUUUCGGACUUACAAAACAUUCGACGGAAAGGGUGAGCUGUCUUUUUUCGGAUCGUCACGACAAUCGUCGGAAGUCGAUGGAGAGUUGUUUCUCGCAGAAGAUGCUUUGAAAGCGCUGCAAGGUGCUCAUGAUGCUUGGGCAUCGAAAUGGGGAGAAUGAGUUAUUGUACUAACUCCAUCGAAAAAAUACUGGUCUUGGAAAGUCCUAGGCUCAUCUUAUUAUUGUACUUACCAUGAGCUUACCUCUGCGUAAGUUUUGCUUCGCAGUUGGCCGGUAGGGGUCGAACCUGAAGUACAUGACCAUGACCAAAUUAGAACCUGAGCUCUGUGAAGUUGUAAUGCGAUGUAAACGCCAAGAGUACUUGUUUGACGUGUCAAAGUCGAACACUUUAUUUUCCAAACGAAACCUGCUGAUCUUCAAGCAGGUAGGAUCUACC